AGGAAGUGGAACUGCGGUGUUUUUGUACUGACAUGCUGAAACCUACCCUGUACAUUUUAACCGAAAUAGUGGAGCUUUCUUAGUGGAUAAACCAGAGACUACAUCGCUGCACGCAGCCUGGUAAACAGAAAACGACCGAGCUCAUCAAAACCAGAUGGCAUCUGAUCUCACACAAGGAUAAUUAUGAUCACUUGGCACGUUUUCUGUGCAGCAAUCGACCUCAAAGUAGCUCCACGUUUUGUUAAAGUAUCAGGACAGAGAUAGCUCCGGGCUGCUGCCGAAUCGACCGCCUCAUUUGCGCAGCUGCAUAUCCCACUUUUGUGAAACGGACUGAGCCGCAGCAUCAACACAAGAGGACCAGCUCCUUUUACCGCAUCCUCACCGACACUCUCCUCUGGCUGCUGCUGCGUGUCUGCACCACGGAGGAUAACUGCAACAAGGAAAUCACAGAGGAGGAAACGCAAUGAUAGCAGAGUGAUUUUAGUCGUGCAGAUAAAGGGGAAAAAAAGGAAAAACGGGCUUCGUGUAGCAGUCUUCAGAGCUGCGCAGUGGUAGCGGAGCUUGGUCAUGGUCGGACGGGGACUGUGGAUAUGUAAACCCCGGUUUGGAAAGCGAGGGAGCCGGCUUGGUUUUUUGCCUUAUGUGUGCGUGGCGAUAGCGAGCGCAGCCCUGAUUGCUGUGCUCUUCAUUGACUUCAUCGAGUUAUGGGUCACCUCCAUGGGCAUGAACACGGUGGUGGAGCCGCACGCAGGCAUCAUCCCCCCGCAAAGCGUCCCUCCCACCAGACCCGAGGAGUUCCUGCUCAUGCCCAGCCCGCUCGUGUGCCAGCGCGCCAAGCCUUACCUCAUCACCAUGGUCACCUCAGCUCCUGCCAAUCAGAGGGCCCGCCAAGCCAUCAGGGACACCUGGGGAGGGGAGGUGGAGGUGAGGGGCCUCCGGGUCAUGACCCUGUUCAUGGUGGGUGUUGCCUCUGAUCCAGGACUGGCCAAGUUGCUCAUAGAGGAGGCCAGAGAGCGAGGAGACCUGAUCCAGGGACGUUUUCUGGACACCUACUCUAACCUCACCCUGAAAACGCUGUCCAUGCUGGGCUGGGCCCGCCGGUUCUGCCCUCAGGCUCACUUCAUGGCCAAAGUGGAUGAUGAUGUCCUGUUCAAUCCCAGCGCCCUUCUGCAUUUCCUGAACAAGAGCCGAAACCCUUACGAACAAGGAGACUUGUACCUUGGCAGGGUGCACCUCCAUGUGGCUCCGGACCGUGACCCGGAGAGCAAGCACUACCUCCCUUCAGGGGCCUACCCCCCUUCUGUCUUCCCAGACUAUUGCAGUGGUACAGCAUAUGUUCUGUCUCGUUCUGCACUGCUCAAGAUCUCCCUGGCAGCUUCUGCAUCACCUUUAUCUACACCUCUGCCCCCUGAGGAUGUGUUUGUUGGUCUGUGCGCCCGGACAGCUGGAGUGCUGCCCUCGCACUGCCCACUCUUCUCUGGCGGCCCAGGUGUGCCAUACGGGCGCUGCUGCUACCAGGCCAUGGUUUCCAUUCACCACAUCCCGCCCAGGGAGAUGCUGCAUUACUGGGCUGACGUCCAUUCAUCGCAGCCUUGCUCCUGGCUGAGUCUGCGCGCUUCUCUGGGGCUCUGCAAAGUCAGGGCGAUGCUCGGUACAGCUCUGGGGCUGGAGCAAGGGUUGUGAGGGUCGAUGAGAGGGGACUCAUUGGGGCCGUGCCUCGCUUCAAUACUGUGAACAGCACAAGUGCUCUUCAGGCUGUGAAAUAUCACCUUAUUUUUAUAGCUUUAUUUUUUUAAACACUAUGAUGUAUUUAACCAGCUUCUUUUUGCAGAGAAGAGGAUGAUCAGCUGGUUGUAUGAAGAAUUGUCACAGUAGUCUGUAACCCUUUGAAACCUGAGCAAAUUGGCUUGAUUUCUUAAAAAAAAAAAAAAAAAACCAAAAAAAAAAAAACAUGGAAAGAAGGCAAUGAUCAACCUAACAACAAACCACCCAAAAAUUAGCAAGAAAUUUGUUAAAAGUUGCAAGUAAAUUUCCUGAAAUUAGCACCAAAUAAAGUAAAUGUAGAAAAUGAGCUGAAAAAGUGCUAAAAUAAAAUACUAAAUAUAUACAACAGUAAAACA